AGAACUCAUUGAGAGAUGUGCACAGUGAUUUCUGGAGCUUCAAUUUCGUUUGUUCACAGAGAGUAGGAGCGUAGCGCUCUGCAAGGAGGAACAAAGCGCACAAUCGUGGUAGUGUUAAUGGAUAACUCACGGCAGUCUGUGAUCCCGAUGUUCCUUUACUCGUCUUCCUCUUCCUCGAAGAAUCUCAUCCAGUUUGAGCUUUUGAUUGCGAAUCGAUGGAAUUCGUCUUCAUUUCCGGAGUCUCCGAGUGAGGUAGGUAAGAUGCAGGUGUUCUCGCCGGCUUAUUACGCAGCCUGUAGCGUAGGUGGCAUUUUUAGCUGUGGACUUACUCACAUGGCGGUUACACCGCUCGAUCUCGUCAAAUGCAAUAUGCAGAUAAACCCUGCAAAAUACAAUAGCAUUUCUUCUGGUUUUGGAACGUUACUGAAGGAGCAGGGAUUUAAAGGAUUUUUUACAGGCUGGGUGCCAACCUUGCUAGGUUACAGUGCACAGGGUGCUUGCAAGUUUGGGUUUUAUGAGUUUUUCAAGAAAACCUACUCUGACAUUGCUGGUCCAGAGAAUGCAGCCAAGUAUAAAACACUGAUCUACCUUGCUGGUUCGGCAUCUGCUGAACUCAUUGCCGACAUUGCUCUUUGUCCUUUUGAGGCCAUUAAGGUUCGUGUCCAAACAAAUCCUGGAUUUGCCAGGGGUUUAUCAGAUGGCUUCCCAAAGUUCAUUAACGCUGAAGGCACUGCAGGGCUGUACAAGGGGCUGGCACCUCUUUGGGGGCGACAGAUUCCAUAUACAAUGAUGAAGUUUGCAUCUUUUGAGACGAUCGUGGAGAUGCUAUACAAGCAUGCCAUCCCCACACCAAAGGAUCAAUGUAGCAAAGGUUUGCAGCUCGGAGUGAGCUUCGCUGGUGGGUAUGUCGCUGGUGUAUUAUGUGCCAUCGUUUCUCAUCCAGCUGAUAAUUUGGUUUCUUUCCUCAACAAUUCCCAAGGGGCUACCGUCCACGAUGCUGUGAAAAAGCUAGGUUUGUUGGGUCUCUUCACCCGGGGUCUUCCUCUUCGUAUUUUCAUGAUCGGAACCCUUACUGGAGCACAGUGGGGCAUCUAUGAUGCUUUCAAAGUUCUUGUUGGACUGCCUACUACUGGUGGUGCUCCUCCUCUACCUGCAAAAGUGAAUAGCCGCACAAACUAACAAAAUUUAGUGAUUCUAAGGCUUGGUUUUUGAUGGAUAAAUAACAUUUGGAUUUAGGUUAGUGUAGGGAUUUUUCCCAACUGGAAUCAUUUUUGUACAGGGUGUAUC